AUGGGAAAACACUUCGGAGAGCUUGCUAAAAUCCGUGGAUUGAUCACCUACAAGUUGUCGCCACAUGAACAACGUGCAUAUGCUGGAGCAAUAUCUAAUGGAAUCCCCAACAUGUUCCGCAGAUUCCGUGAGAGUGUGUUUAAGGUCGCCCCACCUUUCAUCAUUGGUUACCUCGUCUAUGAAGGCGUAGAAAGGGAACACAAGCGCCUCGCACGCAAGAAUCCUGCUGAUUUUGAAAAUGAUCAAUAA